CUUAACUUCCUUAAAGAAUACCAGAUAAGAAAGCAGUUGUACAAGUUGUGCUUCUUUAGUGAAAGGUGAAAGAGAAAGAAUUAACAUAGAACACAGUUCUGGCAGUGAAAGAUAAGUUGAAAAGAGGUAGCAGGAGGAAAGCCCCAACCAAGAAAAGGCAGAAGAAACAGAAUGGCAUAUUCAGUUUACUAUACACAUGACUCCAAGAAACUCCUGUAUCAAGCGUCGUUGUUGUGUUCAACCUGUCUGGAGGUCUUCACUGAUCCAGUCACGACUCCAUGUGGACACAAUUUCUGCAAGAGCUGCCUUACACAAUUCUGGAACAAAUGUCAAGUCUGCUGUUGUCCAUCAUGCAAAGAGGAAUUCACCAAAAGACCGGAAGUCAAGAUUAACACAUCUCUAAGUGAAAUUAUCGAGCACUUUAAGAAGAAAAAUACCCUUAGUGAAACUGAUGUUCUGUGUGACAUUUGCAAUGUAAAUAAGCAGAAGGCUCUAAAAUCCUGCCUGGAUUGUGGUAUGACUUUUUGUACAUCUCAUCUAGAGCCUCAUAGUCAUGUUGGAAAACUUCUAAAACACAAAUUAAUAAACCCUUUGAAGAACUUGGCAGACUACAUUUGCCAAAAGCAUCAGAGACCGCUGGAGAUGUUCUGUAAAGACGAUCAGAUGUUCUUGUGCGAGUUCUGCGUUGAAGUGGAUCACAGGAAUCACACAGUCAGUAAUAUAGAGGACGAGACGGGACAGAGGAAGACUCAGCUGGAAAACUCAAGAAAAGAAGUGCAGCACAUGAUCCGGGACCGACUGGAGAAGAUUCAAGAAAUCAAGAACAGAGUAGAACGUUGCAGAAUAAACACAGUGACCGAGAACAAAGACAACAUCGAAGUCUUUUCUGCACUGGUUGGUUACAUACAUACAAGUCAAUCUGUGCUGUUCGGACUAUCAGAGAAGAAGCAAAAAUUAGUGGAAAAUCAGGCUGAAGAACUCAUUAAAGACCUGCAGCAGGAAAUCACAGUGCUAAAGAGGAGAGCUAGUGAACUGGAGCAGAUCUUAAACAAUGAGGAUCAUCUCCAUCUCCUAAAGAUUUACUCAUCUGUGCACAGACCUCCAUCAACCAAAGACUGGACACACAUCAGUCUAAACACUGGUCUAAGUGUGAGUAGUAUGUGGAAUGCUCUGACUAACCUCUGGGAAACUCUGUCUAAGUCACUUGGAGACAUAGAUCUGAGGAGGAUUCAGCUGUAUGCAGUGGAUAUAACUCUGGAUCCUGAUACAGCUCAUCCCAAUCUCAUCCUGUCUUGUGAUCAAAAGCAAGUGAGAUAUGGAGACACAAAACAAAAUCUCCCUGACAAUCCCCAAAGGUUUACUUAUUUCUACAUGGUCCUGGGAAAGCAGGGAUUCUCUUCAGGAAGAUUUUACUUUGAGGUGCAGGUCAGUAGGAAGACUAGGUGGACUUUAGGAGUGGUCAGUGAGUCCGCUAAUAGGAAGGUGGACCUAAUGAUGGCACCUGAAAAUGGGUUCUGGACUAUGGCUGUGAGGAAUGGGAAUGAGUGCUAUGUUUUUGAAGGUACUAAGAUCCUGAUCUCACAAGGAAAGACACCACAGAAGGUGGGAGUGUUUGUUGAUUAUGAGGAGGGUCUGGUUUCAUUUCAUGAUGUAGAGGCCAGGUGUCAUAUAUUCUCUUUCACUGGUCAGUUGUUUACUGGCAAACUCUAUCCCUUCAUCAAUCCUGGGUUAGAUGACAAUGGAAACAAUUCAGCACCACUGGUCAUCUCUAGUGUACUAUAAAUUAAAUCAUUUUUUACAUGUAAUUAUGUAGCUUUGUAGAAGCCAACAUUCUGUUUUCCUAUUUAAGCUUAGACAAAAAUUUAUCAAGAGUAACUCCUCUAGGGCUUUUGAGCCACAUGCACCAAAUUCGGAUAUGUCGUAGACACUGGUCUGAAAUUUGUUGCUAUUACUUUUAUAAGCGAUCCGAGUACCGGUACUUCCGAUACCGGGUCUCAAAGUGGCCUUUUUUCCCAUAGACUCCCAUUAUAAACUUUGGAGGUUUAUAACUCGGCAAGCUUUUGAAGUAUCUACACCAAACUCAGCCAGCUCCUUUAGGGUGAUACUCUUUAGGGAGAACAAAGUUUUAAAUUGGUGUACCGACUGGCCUUCCGGUUGUGCCGCAGCCCCGCCCCAAAAUAUGCAAAAUCAAAAAACUUUUUACAACAUGAACAUGUGACAUAUCAAAACACUCAGAACAAUGAGGGGAACUUCCUCAUGUGUAUUCUGAUGAUGUCACGUGACAAAAAGAAACACUGACCCUUAUGUCCACUCGCCUCCAAAACGCACCGCCCUUUGCGAAUACUUGCAUCGUCAAAGCCAUCAUCAAAGUUUGUCGCGACGAACUUUACAAAUCUAGUUACUGUAUGCUUUUUCAUUCUCAAUAAUUUUUAGUUGUUAGGUGUUGGUUAAUUUUCUAUAACAGCAGUGGUUCUGGUUGUGAUUUAUAUCAAAUAGAAAAAAAAUCAGGUGAAACUGUUUUCAAGAAAGGAAACAUUCUCUGUAAUAUGAAAAAAUGCAAUUUGUGGCUUAUUAACUGGGGAGGGAGUGACUGAUAAAGAGCUAACUAGAUUAACAGCUUUGUAAGAGGAAUAAAUGCUUCAGGAUGUGAUGUUAUUGGAAAAUAAUCAACUUUGAAGUGGUGACAGUAAAUCUGCUUCACAUCAGGUGGCAUUACACCAACCCAUUGUUGAUUAUUUUCCGUAUACGAUUGGUAUAAAAAUUACUUUGUUCUAUAAUUAUCUUUUCAAUACCCAGAAAUAAGUAUGUAAGUAUUAUUACAUUAUGCUACAUCAUGACUGUAUAUUAAAAAUUAUCUAUUAAUAUAA